ACUAUCACAUUUAAACAACGAAUUGACCUUCUAAUGAAUUGGUAUGAAAAUGAAGGAAUUAAUCUUGGCCUUAUGUACUAUCAUCAACCAGACAAAGCGGGACAUAUUUACGGUGCAGGAAGCCAUCAGGUACUCGAGGCUAUCGAAGAUAUCAACAGUCAAUUAGAAUAUCUGCUGAUGUCAAUCGAGUCACGACCAAAUCUUAAAUGUUCUCUGAAUUUAAUUGUAUCUACUGAUCACGGAAUGGCGAAUAUCAGCGCAGACAGUGUAAUAUAUUUGAAUGACUAUAUAGAACCUAAUGAAUAUCUUUCAGCGCCUCGAGAAUUCGCAGUAGUUUGGACAUUAUGGCCACAAAACGGAAGUUCUGCGGAAUCCUUGUAUCGGAAACUCAAAGGUAAACAUCAAUACAUGAAAGUGUACUUGAAGAACAAUCUACCGGAACGUUUACAAUAUGAGAAGAGUUGGCGUAUUGGUCCUGUGGUAGUCUUUGCAGAUCUGGGCUGGAUAAUUGUGCCUGAACGGAAUAGCCGAUACAAUUUCACACUUAAAGGUGGUCAUGGAUACGAUCCAAUUAACGAAGAGAUGUCCUCAUUUCUCAUGGCUAUGGGACCUCGUGUGAGAAACAAUCAUACCGAUUUAUCCGAUGGCGAUGUUCACCUAUUAGACAUAUACAACAUGGUUUGUCUUCUGCUCGAUCUAGAACCAGCACCAAAUAAUGGCAGCAUCGAUCGAAUUCUUCCUUUCUUAACCCUUCAGAGAAAUGGAUCCAACUCGAGAAGAAUACAAAGCACAGCUUACAUCGUGGUUAUCAUUGUGUCUAUUUUGAUGUCACACAUCGCCUUGUUUCCACUGUCAUCAAUGUAA